AUGGAGCAAACACAAACAAAUAGGGUUGUUGAAACUAGCCAAGGUUUGAAAAAGGACAGUCAUUUUUUUUUUGGAGAGGGGGGUACAUUAGUACGAUUUGUAAUUAUUGUUGUGGAUAUUAUAAUGUUGAUAAAUUUAUUAAUAGACAUGAAUAUUAGCUGUGAUGGAUAUUUACGCCUUUGGGUUAUAGGAGCUCUCCUAUUAAGUUUUUUUUUAUUUUCUUUCAUUGAAAGAAUUCAAAGACAUUUAAAGGAAAACAAAGGAUUUUUCUCUGAGGUUGUUUUAAUGCUUAUAUGUUUUCUAUGGACCUUUUUUGGGACUAUUCAAAUUAAUAAAUCUGGUGCUUGCCAGAAAAAUGCACCUAACUUAUUUUGGACUGUAUUUACCUUGGUUACUAUUAUUUGGUGUUCCAUAAUUGGACUAAUUUUAAGUCUUAUGAUUAUAACAAUAGGCUCAUUUUUUAUUGUCCGUUCUAAAUUGACAAAAAUAUAA